CAGGAAGAAGACUUCACUUCCUGACCGCUACUAGUUUUGCGGGAAGUUUGUUCCGGAGGUUGAAAAUUAACACCUGUUCCUGAUGCCUCCUAAGGUGCCUCAGAAGAGCAGAGCUCCAGCUAAGGUCAGAGCUCCAGCUAAGAGGAAGCUGGCAGAGGAGUUUCUGCCUGGAGAGGUCCUGACUGACAAUGCAAAAAAGGCCUGGAAGCUGGGGGCUCCAGUUGGUCAGGGGGGCUUUGGCCUCAUAUAUUUGGCUGAUGUGAAUUCUGCAAAGCCUGUAGGUGCUGAUGCGCCGUAUGUCAUCAAAGUGGAACCCAGUGACAACGGACCACUGUUCUCUGAACUCAAGUUUUACAUGAGAGCUGCUAAGCCUGAUCUGAUUCAGAAAUGGAUCAAGUCUCGCAAGUUGAAAUAUCUGGGGGUUCCCAGAUACUGGGGCUUUGGUCUGCAUGAGAGAGGAGGAAAAAGCUAUAGGUUCAUGGUUAUUGACAGGCUCGGGACAGACCUGCAGAAGAAAUUUGAGGAAUGUGGAAGGAGGUUCUCCAAAAAACUGGUCCUACAGCUUGGCCUUCGCGUGGUGGACAUUCUGGAGUACAUCCAUGAUCAUGAGUACGUGCAUGCUGACAUUAAAGCAUCCAACCUCAUGUUGAGUUACCAUGAUUCCAACCAGGUUUACUUAGUGGAUUAUGGACUGGCAUAUCGGUACUCAAUAGAUGGAGUCCUGAAAGAGUACAAGGAGGAUCCUAAGAAGUGCCAUGAUGGUACUAUUGAGUUCACAAGCAUUGAUGCUCACAAAGGAGUAGCUGCAUGCAGGCGGGGAGACCUGGAGAUUCUGUUCUACUGCAUGGUUCAGUGGCUGUGUGGCCGCCUGCCUUGGGAAGGCAAGCUGCAAGACCCCAUCUAUGUUAGAGACUCCAAAAUCAAACAUCAGGAAGACAUCUCUGCCUUCAUGGCAGAGUGUUUCUCUUCUCAGGAUAAACCAGAUGAGAUCCAGAGGUUCAUGGAGGAGGUUAAAGCUUUGGGUUACCAAGACAAACCUCCAUACGAGAAGUUACGCUGUAUCCUGCAAGCUGGACUGAAAGACGAUGGCAAGCUGGAGUUCACUGCUGUCAAAGGAGCUUCAUCACUUCCUGCCCAGAAGAACAACAAGAGAAAGAAAGCAGCAGCUGAAGCUGAGGAGAGUGAAGAAACAGAUGAAAGCCCUGUCAAGAAAAGGAGAAUCCCAAAGAAACCAGAAAUAAAUGGAGUGAAGAAGAGUCCUAAAAAGACCAUUAAACCACGGAAGGUGUCCAGCACUGGAAAACGGGCCACUCCAAAAUCCAAAGUGCCAGAUACGGCCUCUCAGAGUUCUCCUGGACCCGCCCAGAAACGCAGGGGCAGACCUAAGAAAACCAGCGCCUGAUCAUCCACCUCACCGUUCACUUCUGUCCCCUCUCACACCUCCCCCUCUUAAAAGAAUCACUUUUUAUUGUUUUGUAGGAAUGUUUUCUUGCUCUUACAGCUGAUUGAUUUUGAAAUGUGGCUGAAUUUGAUAUAUGAAGCCAGAUAAGUCUAAUAAAGACAAAACAAAAUUU